GCCCUAUUUCUAGAGACAGCUGCUGUUGACCCCAUACCCCAAAGGACGAAAUAGCUGGCUAAACUCAUUCUUGGGUUUUCUUCUCCAGAGCCAAGGUCAUUUGCAUUCAUAUAUAUGUUGUAGCAAAGAUUGAAACAGAAAUGUCAGCUCUCCUACAUCUUCAUCAACAGCCUUCUUAAGUCCCCUGUGGUGUCAAUAACGUGGACACCAUGUCCUUGAAGAUUCAGACCAGCAAUGUAACCAACAAGAAUGACCCUAAGUCCAUCAACUCUAGGGUCUUCAUUGGGAAUCUAAACACAGCUGUGGUAAAGAAGUCAGAUGUGGAGACCAUCUUUUCCAAAUAUGGCCGUGUGGCUGGCUGUUCUGUGCACAAAGGCUAUGCUUUUGUCCAGUAUGCCAAUGAGCGCCAUGCCCGGGCAGCUGUGCUGGGAGAGAAUGGGCGGGUGCUGGCUGGACAGACCCUGGACAUCAACAUGGCUGGAGAGCCCAAGCCUAAUAGACCCAAGGGGCUAAAGAGAGCAGCAACUGCCAUCUACAGUGGCUACAGCUUUGGCUAUGAUUACUACCAAGACUACUUCUGUGCCAGGCUGUUUGAUUAUCGAGGCCGCCUUUCUCCAGUGCCUGUGCCCAGGGCAGUUCCAGUGAAGCGUCCCCGUGUUACGGUCCCUUUGGUUCGACGUGUCAAAACUACAAUACCCGUCAAGCUCUUCUCCCGUUCCACAGCUAUCACUACUGGCUCAGCCAAAAUCAAGUUAAAGAGUAGUGAGCUACAGACCAUCAAAACAGAGCUGACGCAGAUCAAGUCCAACAUCGAUGCCCUGCUGGGUCGUCUGGAACAGAUUGCUGAGGAACAGAAGGCCAACCCAGAUGGCAAGAAGAAGGGUGACAAUAGCAGCAGUGGUGGAGGAGGGGGCAGCAGUGGUGGAGGUGGAAGUGGCAGUGGAGGUGGUGGCAGCAUCGGCGGUGGCAGCAGCAGCCGGCCACCAGCCCCCCAAGAAGACACGGCUUCUGAAGCGGGCACACCCCAAGGAGAAGUCCAAACUCGAGAUGAUGGUGAUGAGGAGGGACUGCUAACACAUAGCGAGGAGGAGCUGGAGCACAGCCAGGACACCGAUGCAGAAGAUGGAGCCUUGCAGUAACCAGCUUAACAGUAUCAUUGGCCACCAGCAGGGCAUCACUGUCUUACGCCUCAAGCCAGGCACCCAUCUCUGGAUGCCAGUCUAUAGCGGGUACCAGAGGAAAGCUGGCAGCAGUAACUCCUCUCCCCAUGCAUCCUAGCCAGUGAGUGCUACAUCCUUUGCAAGUGGAGUUAUUGGCCUACCCUUACCCAUGCACUCUUCCUGUCUGCACUGCCUGGGCCAAGGGGCAGAACCACUCUGCUCUUCUUCCCCAGGACAUUCCCAGGCUUGGGGUUUUUCUAUAGGUUUGAAAGUAAAGGGGAGGAGGGAGGGAGGGGGAACCU